UAUUGAAGCUGCCCCAAAAGACGCUCUCAUCACACAUCUUCCUGGCUUCAAUGGUACUUUUCCAUCUAAACACUACGCAGGAUAUGUUACCAAUAAUAAAAAUAAAAAUAAAAAUAAAAAAUAAUAAUGGUGGAAAGAAGCUGUUCUACUACUUUGUUGAGUCUGAAAGAAAGGCAUGGAAGGAUCCUGUUGUUUUGUGGCUGAAUGGUGGACCCGGUUGCUCGAGUAUGGACGGUUUCGUCUACGAACAUGGACCAUUCACCUUUGAAGAGGGAAAACCAAAAGGAAGCCUUCCUAGGCUGCGUCUUAAUCCUUAUAGCUGGUCCAAGGUUUCAAACAUAAUUUACUUGGAUUCUCCUGCCGGUGUUGGCUUCUCUUACUGGAAAUACUCAAGCGCACGCAAAACAGGAGACGUAGAAACUGCCUCUGAUACACAUGAAUUCCUUCUCAAGUGGUUUAAGCAAUUCCCAGAGUUCAUCUCCAAUCCAUUUUAUAUAUCAGGAGAGUCUUAUGCUGGAAUUUAUGUGCCAACUCUUGCUUCUGAAGUAAUAAAAGGAAUAAAAAAUGGCGUAAAGCCCUUUAUCAAUUUGAAGGGCUACAUGGUGGGAAAUGGAGUCACUGAUGGCAAAUUUGAUGGCAAUGCUCUUGUCCCAUUUGCACACGGGAUGAGCCUUAUUUCAAACAAUAUCUUUGAGAAAGUUCAUUCUUCUUGCAAAGGAAAUUACUAUAACCCUGUAGGAAAAUCUUGCAAUCAGAACCUUCAACUAGUUUAUGCGGCUAUUGAUGGGCUUAACGUUUAUGACAUCCUUGAGCCUUGUUAUCACGCCCCGGGAACACAAGGAAACACAAGUUUACCAUUAAGCUUCCAGCAAUUAGGAGAAUCUGAGAGGCCUCUUCCCGUGAGAAAAAGGAUAUUUGGCCGUGCUUGGCCUUUUAGGGCACCAGUAAGAGAUGGCUUGGUACCAUUGUGGCCUCAAUUAUCCCAAGGAAUCAGCGUUCCCUGUGUAAAUGAUGAAGUUGCAACUAUAUGGCUGAACAAUAAAGAAGUUAGGGAUGCAAUUCAUGCCAAGCCGCCAAGUGUGACUGGUGGUCCUUGGGUAUUAUGCACUGGUGCAAUACAUUAUGAGCAUGAUGCUGGAAGUAUGAUCCCUUACCAUAAAAAUCUGACCCUUCAAGGAUAUCGAGCACUUAUUUACAGUGGUGAUCAUGAUAUGUGUGUGCCGUUUACCGGGACCCAGGAAUGGACUAGAUCACUUGGAUAUAAGAUUGUGGAUGAUUGGAGGUCUUGGCACUCUAAGGGGCAAGUUGCUGGAUACUUACAAGGAUAUGAUAAUAAUCUCACCUUUCUGACCGUCAAGGGUUCGGGGCACACAGUUCCUGAAUACAAGCCACAAGAGGCACUGGAUUUCUACCGUCGUUGGUUGGAAGGGAAACCAAUAUGACAGAUGAAAACAAUUAGCUUUAUUCCACAUCCAAGAAGAAAAGAAAUAAAUAGCUUUGUGGUUCACAGAUUUUCAAUUACUCAUCUUUUUACAUGUGAAAAUAUAUGAGAAAAGAAAAGCAUAUAUGAAAGCAAAGAAAAUCAAUAAAUUAUAAACAAGAACUUCUUUCUAGCUUCUAUCCACCUAGCAAUAUUAGCCAGUCAAGAUUCUCCUCUUCUACUUUGGGGCC